AGCAGCAGCAGCAGCAGAGCCGAGACUCUUCGUCGUGACUCGUCGUUAACUGUGACUGCAACACGUUCGGAAAUCUUCGGACUUCGUGCUCGUGCCGUGACUCUGUGAAUCUGUGAAUCGGGAAACGGGAAUCGGAAUCGCAGACGCCUCAUUGGAGAGUGACUGAUUUUUCGAGUGCGGUGUGUGACUGGGUGACCGUGUGGCAUAGUGACCGAGUGACGUAGUGGCUGGCGCGGGGAAAUGAGGGAACUUACGUAAAGGCAUCCCCCACCCCCGUUCACCGUUCACCGUUAAGCGAAAGAAACGCAACGCGCUCGAAUGCCUCACGUUGCGCAUGAGAUGGCGGCACGCAGCUCGCGCUACAUUGACUCCGACUCCGACUCCGACUUCGACUCUGACGACCGCAGCAGCGGCAGCAGCAGCAGCAGCAGCACUUGCCCCUGGGUCUAGGCCCUCAGCAGAAAAGUUAUCAUUCGAGAGCGUCACAAAUUGCGCGCAUGAAAUGUUGGUGGAAUACUUUAUGGCGCUGCUCGUGAUCAUGGGAUUAACCGCAACAUUCGACAAGCAGCAGAGGAGGCACCACCACCACCACCAACACCACAGUCGCAGCCACAGUCCACACUUCGGUUUUUUUGCCUCUGCCAGCGAGCUCUCGAACCUCAUUCCCGACUCCUACGAUGGCGGCAUGGAUCCGCUCUUUGACAACUCAACAAAUCGUGAGAUCAUCGCCGCCUUGGGCACCACAGCCCGUCUCCACUGCCGUGUGCGGCAUCUGGGCGACAGAGCAGUGUCCUGGAUCCGACAGCGGGACCUGCACAUCCUCACCAUCGGCAUCAUGACCUACACGAACGACCAGCGCUUUCUGGCCCGUCACAUCGACAACUCCGACGAGUGGGUGCUCAAGGUGGUGUCCGUGCAGCCGCGCGAUGCCGGCAUCUACGAGUGCCAAGUCUCCACGGAGCCCAAAAUCAGUCUGGCCUACAAACUGAUGGUCGUGACUUCCAAGGCGCAAAUCCUUGCGAAUCGAGAGCUGUACAUCCAGAGUGGCAGCGACAUCAAUCUCACGUGCAUUGCCCCACAGGCACCGGGGCCCUACACGCACAUGCUGUGGCACAAGGACACGGAGCUGGUGAGCGACUCGACGCGCGGCGGCAUCCGCGUCGUGUCCGAGCAGCAGAUGAAGACCAGCAACCUGGUGAUAUCCCGCGUGCAACACACGGACUCUGGCAAUUACACGUGCUCUGCGGACAAUUCAAAUUCUGACAGCGUCUUUGUGCAUAUCAUUAAGAGCGAACAGCACGCGGCCAUGCAGCAUGAGGUGGGGGUGCGUCUGCAGCUGCCACACCUCUGUCUGCUGCUACUUCUGCUGCUGGCAACGCUGCGACCUCUGUAAGGAGUCGCCACCAGGCGCUAAGUCGACCGGCAGCGUAUGUUCAAUGUCUGGAACCUAGAGCCUGGAGCUAGGAGCCUGGAGCCUGGAGGAGGUUACUGCCAUCAGGAGCCCAUCAUCUGCUCUGCAUUACAUUACACACGAGGCACGCUAACGACGUCGUCGCCGUCUCUCUCUUUGGGGGAGUCUCUUUUGUAAAUAUGUAAAUUGAGUUUUUUGGUCAUGUGUUUUUAUUUGUGUUUGUUUUGUGUGCAUUAAAUAUUUUUAUACGUAAUUAAGUCGAUAAAAAUAGGUGCAGAUACACGGAUAAACGCAUAACAGAUGACAGAAUACACACACAAAAUAUAAUAAAACGAGCUGAAAGGUUCGAAAGGAUAAACUAGAGAAAUGUACGAGUGAAUCGAAUGCAUCCUUACGCAAAACGAAUAACGAAUUGUAAAUAAAUGGUUAAUCUUAAAUUGAA